AUGACAGACGCAGCGGUAUCAGAGGCUGACGGCAAGUAUCGGUCGUCGUGGUCGCAGUCAGGCUCGGCGGAGCGCAACUCUCAGCCCAUCGCCGAGGCGCUUGUGUCGCUCCUUUCUGCCGGUCCUGACACCUCACCCAAGCCGUCGGUGCUCGAGGUUGCAUCCGGCUUCGGGCAUCAGAUCCACGCCAUCGCCUCGCGCUACCCCGACUUCCAAUUCCAUCCUAGCGAGGCUGAUGGUUAUCUGCGUUCGCAGAUCGACGAGCGCGUCUCAGAAUUGCCCAACGUGUCCAAGGCCGAGGCACUUGACCUGCUCGAUCAGAACGACUGGCUGACGCUGGCGCACAACAUCUCCGGGGAGGCUUCUUCCAGCUCUGAUGACGGACUGUUCCACGGGGUGAUCGUGUGCAACCUUACACAUGUCGCACCAUGGGCGGUGACCGAAAGCCUGUUCAGCCACCUCGACCCACGCGUGGGCUACGUCACCCAGCAGGGCUACCGCAACCUCCUCUCGCGCCAGCACGGGUGGAUCGCCAUCUACGGCGCGUUCAACGAGAACGGCACUUUCACUUCUCCCGGUAACGAGGCGUUUGACAAGGAGAUCCGAAGCAGAAAUCCAGACUUUGGCCUGCGUGACCUGCAGAGCGAAAUCAUUCCGCUCGCACACACGCACGGCUAUGCAUUGGCGCAACGCAUCCGGAUGCCUGCAGGCAACCUCUUGCUCGUCUUCCGCCUUCGCACAGAAUAG